ACAACCGCGGUCCGACACCUAUUAUCUGACAGCUACUAAACUGCAGCUCCCCUGCCACACUUUCAAACGCCGUCGCUCUGUAGUGCACUCAAGUAAUCGGCCAUUUUUUGCGCCUCCAAUCCGCCUUCCUGCAAACUGUUUUUCCAACGCUUGAGAUCCUGCACCGAGUGUGUUUUCAGUUUGUGUAGCAGGCGGAACCGAGUGGGCCAUGGCCUUCCUUGGAAGCGCAGUUCGGCGGGUGGUGUCGGCAGUGCGGCCUCCUCUCUCCCCCUUGUGCCGGACAACCACUCGGUCCUACAGCUCAGAGCCCACCAAAGAAAAAAAUGUUCCCUACGAGAAGACGCUCAAACAGACGGAUGGAGCCUCUUCUGGACCCACUAAACCUUUACCCAGGUCAGCAGACGUGGUGGUGAUCGGAGGAGGCAGUCUGGGCUGUCAGACCAUCUACCACCUGGCUAAAAUGGGGAUGUCCAACGCAGUUCUGCUGGAGAGGGACAGACUGACUGCUGGCACCACCUGGCACACUGCAGGCCUGCUGUGGCAGCUGCGUCCCAGUGAUGUUGAGGUAGAGCUCCUGGCCCACACCAGGAAUGUGGUCAGCAAAGACCUGGAGGCAGAGACGGGUCUCCACACAGGCUGGAUCCAGAAUGGAGGUCUCUUCAUUGCCUCCAACAAACAGAGGCUGGACGAGUACAAGCGCCUCAUGUCGCUGGGUAAAGUUUAUGGCAUCGAGUCCCAUGUCCUGUCACCUGCAGAGACCAAAGACCUGUAUCCCCUGAUGAAUGUUGAUGACCUGUACGGAACCCUGUAUGUACCAAAAGAUGGCACCAUGGACCCAGCAGGCACCUGCACCACCCUGAGCAGAGCCGCCACUGCCAGGGGAGCCACGGUGAUCGAGAACUGCCCUGUGACUGGUAUCCAAGUGCGGACAGAUGACUUUGGUGUGAAGAGGGUGAAGGCAGUGGAGACUGAUCAUGGGACCAUAGAGACGCCUUGUGUGGUGAACUGUGCAGGUGCGUGGGCCACCAAGCUGGGGCAAAUGGCCGGAGUCAAGGUGCCUCUUAUUGCAAUGCACCAUGCCUAUGUGGUGACAGAGAGAAUUGAAGGCAUACAGAACAUGCCAAACGUCAGGGACCAUGAUGCAUCGGUGUACCUGCGCCUCCAGGGUGACGCCCUGUCCGUGGGUGGCUAUGAACCCAACCCCAUCUUCUGGGAUGAGGUGUCUGAUAAGUUUGCCUUCAGCCUGUUUGACCUGGACUGGGAUGUAUUCAUGCAACACAUCGAGGGUGCGAUCAACAGAGUUCCCGUUCUGGAGCAGACUGGUAUCAAGUCCACCGUCUGUGGACCAGAAUCAUUUACAGCCGACCACAAGCCGCUGAUGGGAGAAGCCCCAGAGGUCAGAGGUUUCUUCCUGGGCUGUGGCUUCAACAGUGCUGGCAUGAUGUUGGGAGGUGGUUGUGGUAAAGAGCUGGCUCACUGGGUCAUACACGGACGCCCUGAAAAGGACAUGUAUGGAUACGACAUCAGGCGUUUCCAUAAUUCGCUGACAGACAACGCAAAAUGGAUCAGAGAGAGGAGCCACGAGUCGUAUGCUAAAAACUACUCUGUGGUGUUCCCCUUUGAUGAGCCGCUAGCCAGCCGGAACAUGAGGAAGGACCCUUUCCAUCAGGUGCUGACGGAGCAGGGCUGCGUAUUCCAGGAGAGACAUGGCUGGGAGAGACCUGGCUGGUUCAACAAAGAUGGGCCUGCACCUCUUAAAGACUAUGAUUACUACGGGGCGUAUAACAUUAAGAGGAAUGUGAACUACAAGUACAAUGAUUUGCUGGGAAAGGAGUACACAUUUGACUUCCCUCCGCAUCAUGACGUGAUAAAGAGUGAGUGCCUCUCAUGUAGACACGGUGUGGCAGUGUUUGACAUGUCCUACUUUGGAAAGUUCUAUCUCACCGGACCAGAUGCCAAGAAGGCGGCUGAUUGGCUGUUCACUGCUGAUGUCAACAAGAAGCCAGGCUCCACUGUGUAUACCUGCAUGCUGAAUAAGAGAGGAGGAGCAGAGGCUGACCUGACAGUGAGCAGACUGGAGCCUGGUGCUGCCAACCUGCCCCUGGCACCACAGUCCAAUGGUGAUGCGUACUACCUGGCCAUUGGAGGCGGUGUAGCAGAACACAACUGGAACCACAUUAGAACAGUUCUUCAGGACCAAGGCUUCCACUGCCAGCUGACAGACCACUCUGAGGACAUGGGGAUGAUCAGCAUCCAGGGACCCAAGAGUCGAGAGGUGCUUCAGGAGGUGUUGGACACAGACCUGAGCAACGAAGCUUUCCCCUUCUCUUCCCACAAAGUUGUUAAUGCAGCCGGGCAUCAGGUGCGAGCGAUGCGUCUGUCGUUUGUCGGAGAGCUCGGCUGGGAGUUGCACAUUCCCAAAGACGCUUGCCUUCCAGUCUACCAUGCUGUCAUGGCUGCUGGGAAAAAGCACGGCAUCAUCAACUCAGGAUACAGAGCCAUUGACUCACUCAGCAUAGAGAAAGGGUACAGACACUGGCACGCUGACCUUCGCUCAGAUGACACCCCCUUGGAGUCGGGGCUAGGCUUCACCUGCAAACUGAAGAGCUCGAUCCCGUUCCAGGGCCGUGAUAGGCUGGAGAGGCAGAAGGAGGAGGGGCUGAAGAGGCGCAUCGUUUGCUUCACCAUUGACGAGAAAGUACCGAUGUUCGGUCUGGAGGCCAUUUUCCGUAACGGCACGCCUGUUGGUCAUAUACGGCGUUCUGACUAUGGGUUCUUUAUUGACAAAACCAUUGCAUAUGGAUACAUCCGCAACCCUGAUGGAGGAGUGGUGAGUGCCGAUUUCAUAAAGAGCGGCGAGUUCACCCUGGAGAGGAUGGGAGUGCCGUACAAGGCCAAGGCCCACCUCAAAUCUCCAUUUGACCCUGAGAAUAAACGCGUCAAGGGCAUCUACGCCUGAGAGGGACCACAAGUGAAAACUGAAGAAAACACACUCUGGUUGGAGAAUCAGGCUGAGAGAGGUGCAACUGUGAUUUUUUUUUUUUUACAUGCAGAUGCAGCUGUUUUAGUCUGAACUACUUCGUCAAAAAACUAUGCAUCUUUAAUGUAAUAAUAAUUUUAUAAAGAUUAUGUCUGUGAUUAUAUCUGUGAACUGGAGCGGAAGAGAUGGAGUUUUUGUAGAUGGUCUGAAAUCUGUAUCAAGAUAUAAAAGAGAUGCUGAUUUUAAUCUGGUAUGAAUGUUUUGUUGUGAAGCUCUGUGUGUGAGAGUAACGCUGUUCUCUUGUGAAUGCGCUCAUGUGAGUAGCAUUAUUGUGUAGAUGAACUCAAGAGGUAAACCUAUUGUGUUAUCUUCACUAAUCAAAUAAGUGUUGCCAGUAAUCCUGGGUAAACUGAAGAAGACCCUAACAUAAUCUAGCUAACUCUGAUAAAGCUUGCGCCUCUUCUGGAUUAAUUUUAAGGACUAAAAUAAUAGUGCAAGAUCAAUCUUUAGUUUUAGAAAUUGAAACUAAACUAAACAAUCUUUGCUCUCUUUUUAGACAAUAGAGACAAAUCAAACUAAUUCAGAAUGUCCAAGCCUUAACACUCGAUAACUCAGGAAGUCUUAAUUUAUCUUUAUGAAUAACUAGCAGCUGUCAUAGCAGUGGACCUUAGAACAGUAUUCAUUACCAUAAUUAUAGGUAUGAUGCUAAUGUUUUAUAUGAAGCACAGUCAGCGAACGACAGUAAUGAUAAGGGCUAAAAAAGCAGUCAUGCAUGUGUGUAAAGUAAAUACUGUAAAUUCUCAAUUAAGCCCCAUUUCAACCAAGCAGUAUGGUACGGUACAGUUCAGGUCGGUAUUAUUAUUAUUAUUAUUUUUAUUAUUAUUAUUUUUUUAAUUUUAUAUACUUUAUUAAUCCCCCUUGAGGGGAAAUUCAAUUUUUUUUUCACUCCGUUGUCAUUAACACACAGGUCCGAAAGACACACACAUGCACAAACAGGACCUAUACAUGCACAAAGUGGAGAGAUGUGAGAGAGUGAGAGGGGGCUGCCUUGGUCAGGCGCCCCGAGCGGUUGGGGGGGUUUGGUGCCUUGCUCAAGGGCACCUCGGCAGUGCCCAGGAGGUGAAUUGGCACCUCUCCAGCCACCAGUCCACGCUCCAUAUUUGGUCCGGACGGGGACUCAAACAGUUUCUGUUUCCAAUGUGAAAAGUUGUGGAUGGUACCAAUUGAACCGUCCCGUACUGUCCCCAGUUUUAGUCAUUCCUCUGCUAAGCCACGUUUCCACCAAACACUUUCGGUAUGGUACCUUUGGAACCAAAAGUAACCCUUCAGUCAUGGUACCUAGACCCUAGAGAUCCACCGCAAACAGUACUCUUUCAUGUAGUUGUUGUCACUCACUACUCCGUCCAGCCCUCGCUCUAUUUCCUCAUUAUCGGUGACACAGUUGGAAGUACAGAACGAGGCUGCACGCUGACAUUUUCAGAACAAAAUAAAAGAGGCUGCAGUGAGAGUCUCUUUCCAUUGGAUAUUUAGAAAUAGCGGAGUGGUGCAUUUAGUCCUUUUCAGGCAAGCUCAGGGGUUUAGUGUUGCCAUAGCCCACAGGAACGGUGCUCCAGUGGAGGAUUGGGGUUUGUGUAGUUCACAUAAUCCGAUCGAAAUUAAUAUAUAUUUUUAAACCCUUGAAGAUCCACUCAUCACUAAAAGUGUAUGUCACCCAAGAGAGAUAAUAAAAACUAAAGUAAUGGUCAAAGUUGUGAAACUGAUUUUUUUUUUUUUUCCCCCCAAAACUUAAACGUUUUGGAGCUAUACUGUCUCUGUGCUUCUGCUUCACAGGGUUUUGUCAAGGCAGUGUCUCAGUGUCAGAAUUAGGAUCUGUUUUUGAUAGGGGCGCAGCAACAGCCCGACAUUCAGUCGUUGCUGCUGUGUGACACAGCACUGAGUCCUUGGAGCAACUCUCAGUAACGCAUCAUUCAACGUCUGCCAGGUUAGCACGAGCUAACGCAGCAGCAGCUAGUAGCCAGUGCAGCCUCCAGGGCUGAAUAAUGGAGCCAAUGCUGAAGUGCGGUUUUGGCCUCUGUUGCUCAUUUCAACAUCCAUGACAACUGUACAUGGGCUGAUUUUUAUAUAACUCACCUGUUUACAUUUCAUAGGGCUUAAAGUUAUGCAUAAUUAUAGCGUGGCAGUUUGAGUUUGAAGCUGUCCGAGACACGUCACCACAGUCUAUAUUAUGUUGUAUUGUAGUUCUGUAAUAUGUCAUAUCUAAUGUGAGGUCAUAGAGUCCCACAUUGGGGAAUAAAAGUAUUCUCAAACUUUACUCCAGCCCCUCUGGCAGUUUGAGUCAGAUUAAAGUGACUGAUGUUUGUUCUGAUAAUAACGACUAAAAACAGAGUUUUACUUGCUUGUGUGGUAUCUAAAUCUUCACCAGACAGCGUGUUUAUCAGAGUCAGAGGGAGGGGGAGAGAAAAAAACACCCCGAGGCACAAUGUACCAGCCGGGGACAAAACACUGCUGGAGAAAAAUGACAGAAAAAGACAAGAGUUAUCAGAAAGCAGCUGUUACAGAUAGAACCCCCUUGUUUUCCGAUCCGUCCCCCCGUUGCUGUGCUCUGCGGCGUUAAACUGCUGUCGCUGCUGUUUGCAAACUCAAUUCUCUUAGUUUUGUUUUUUAACACACGCAUUGUCAUUUAGUAAGACUUAUCUAGCAAGUCAGGCUUUCAUAAGAGGCCCUCAUUUCGUGUUGUUAUGCUGCUAAAUCAAACUCAAUUUGUGCAUCUGCUUCACGCCAAAGCCCUCCCAGUAGGGGGCAUGAUGAAGUACUUUAACUGUGAAGAGACGCUGUGCAGCAGCUCAUUAAACAUCUUGGCCUCUUAAUGUUUUUAAUUCAAAAUAUGAGCUUAGUACAGUGGAGUAGUGAGCAUAGCAGGACUCUGUUGUAGCAUUUGUGUAAUUAAAAAUGAAAUUAUGCUGCUGGAGCAAUUAGCCAAGUGUUCAUUUGACAAUUUACUGAGUCAACAUAUUGAGAAUUUACGGUGCCUUUACAUGCCUGUGUGUAUUCAUAUAUAUAUAUAUAUAUAUAUAUAUAUAUAUUUAUGUGUGUGUAAAAACUAAAACUGCUAGCAAUUUUACUAGCUAGGUAGCGCCUGGUUUCUUUGUCAACAAUUCGUGGUUGCUGGAACGAAAAUUGACUUUUAACAGCAUUGAUUCAUGUCUUAAACACAGGUAUGUGCUGUAAUUAAAGAUGUUUUGUUAAUUCUUUCUGUUAAAAUUACAAGCUAACUCAAAGUAUACGUUUUGUUUUUGACACAUUGCAGAACUUUAUUGUUUUACCUGUUUAAUUCCACUUUAAGCAACACAGUCGAGGCCAAACGAACAACCAAAGUUCAUCACACACACUGUAAACCGCAGCCAAAAGAAGUAGGGGAAGGUAUUUGUAUGUAUGGCUGCUACCUGCCUCUCAGAUAUGUGUUGCUGCACGUUCAGCACAAAAUGUUUACUAAUGUGGAAUGAUUCAUUGAUUCAGCCCAGAAGGCCAUUAAUCAUUGAAAUGGUUGUUCUCAGUGGUGACUAAGGUUAAUAACAAGAUUUAUAUGGGAAAUGUGAAACAGACUGAUAAAACACUAUCACCACUGGUCCUCGACCACAAUACGUCCACAGGUUUGUUUUGUCUAAUUCAGUUUGUGGAGUUUUUCUUCCCUCCGUAGUGUGAUGUGAAUAUUGAGAAAGAGUCCUAAAAUGUAAAAUGUCUUCAGAGAAUUGUUUGACCAGUUCAGAUAACAAAAACGACCAGUAAAAUUGUGCACUCAAUGUCAAAGCAGACUCAUUUAAUCUGUCCAGAGCAUUUUGUGUAUUAAUAAAUUCCUUUUUAACCGCCAACAUUUUUGUGA